AUGGAAGACUUUGUGGACCUUGCAUUUAUUCACAUCUUCCUGUCCAAGAAUCUGGUUCCUACGCUUCUUGCUGACACUUGUUACUCUAUCCAUACGAGGACUCAGAAGAAGAAGGGUAUUGUAGUGUGUUGUGUUUCUCUUUUGUAUAGGUGGUUUAUUUUGCACCUACCUAACAAGGGUCCUUUCAUUGAGGAUAAGGACAAUCUCAAGUGGUCUCAAAGGAUCAUGUCUCUGACCGCUGAUGAUAUUUUAUGGUAUUCUAGAGCUUAUGAUGAUGUCAAGGUUAUCCUGAAUUAUGGACUUUUCCCCAAUGCGCCCCUCAUAGGUACAAAGGGUGAAAUCAACUAUAAUCCAAGAUUAUCUUUACGUCAGUUGGGUUAUCCAUUGUUGUGCAAGCCAGAUUCCGAGCAUGUAGAGGAGUUUAUUUUGUAUGAAGCGGUUGACAAUCCAGAUUUGCUAAGGAAGAAAGUCAUAGAUUGGAGAGAGGUUCGUUCUCAAGGAAGAUCUGAGUUAGGGAAGAAGAAUCACAUUGCCAAGGAAGCUUAUACAUAUUGGGUUAAGGAUAGGGUUGAAGAAAUUAUGUUUUCGUUUCCGUUUGAGCCAUCUAUGAACAACCUACAACCUGUGCUUGCAAUUGUUCCUACCUCUGAGUUGGGGAAAAUCAAGGAGACUAUGAAGAGCUUAGAGAAAGAGGAUGCGGAUCUCCAAUCUAAUCUUGGUAAGAUUAUGAGGGAUAAAGAAGACUUGGAGCUUAGCCUCAACCAGAAGAGAGCCAUGACAUCCCGAGUGGUAGAGGAAGCCCAAGAGGAGCAGUUCAAGAGGAGGAAAUUAAGUGAUCCUUUGAAGUGGACUAUUGACAGUUUGUUCAUCAAGAAGAAACAUCUCACCGACGCCCAAUAUCAAGCAUGCAAGAUGGAGAUCAGUUUCCAAGACCAACUUAAGAAGCUUCGAGAAAAGUUAGAGAGUUCCAAGAAGAUGUUAAAAGGAAGAAAGAAUUCUUACUAA